GCAUAAGAUGUUGCCUAGAUCUGUUUAUACAUUCCACAUCUACGUGUGUUCUUAUUAUAAAACUUCAUUACUUCAUUUAAUAGUUGUGUUAAAAUAGUUAAUUUUAAUAUACGCUAUCAUUGAAAAAGUUUUCUUUUGAAUAUUUGUUUUUUUAACGCUUCGUAAUAGUUGCAACUGGGAGAAUUUGUCAAAAAUGCACGGAAGAUUGAAAGUGCGUACAAGUGAGGAGCAACAGCUUAUCAAAGAAAAGCAACAAAAGCAGAAAUUAUUAGCCUAUAGGCAUGGAAUGUUACUCAUUCAAUCCAAAAGGCAUGAAAAGCCUUACGACAAGGAGAGUUUUGCCAUCUGUGCUGGAAUUCUGGAGAAAAAUCCUGAUGUUUAUACAUUGUGGAACUAUAGAAAAGAAGUAAUGCUAACACUGAUUGAUGAUUUGUCAGACAAAACAAAGAAAGUAAAAGAAGAGUUUGUAGAAAAUUUGAAAAACGAUUACGAUGUAUCAGACAAGGGUCUUGUUACCAUUAUUUCUAUGCUUGAUGAUUACUUUAAAGAGAAAUCUGAUGACACUAGCAAUGUGGAAAAUGCUAGAAACAGCUUUAAUAAACACCUGGAAAAUAUAAAAACACAGCAAGCAAUACCUAUCGAAAUCAUCUCAGAUCUAGAAGAGAUGUUUGUGAGGACAUGCACUCUAGAUGAAACCCAAGGGCUUGAUGAUCAGUCAUUGAUUGAGAAACAAUUGGGAUUUUAUUGCAGAUUAUUAAAACUACGUUUGAUUAAAUUAAUGCAGCAAGAACUUGAUUUGACCGAGAGGUGUUUACUCGCCAAUCCGAAAUCAUAUGGUGCGUGGCAUCAUCGUUUCUGGAUUUUACAGCAUCAUCCCAAAGCAGAUUGGCAACAAGAGCUGAAGCUGGUGGAGAAGUAUUUAAAGUACGAUGAACGAAACUUUCACUCUUGGGAUUAUCGAAGAUUACUCCUCAAGAAACUCGGAUACAAAAUUGACGCCGAACUGGAAUUCUCUACUGAUAAGAUAAACGCGAAUUUCUCGAAUUAUUCUUCAUGGCAUUAUCGAAGCACGCUGAAAGAAUUAAACGCCGAGACAUUAGAGGAUGAAUUACGCUUGGUGCAGAACGCUGUUUUUACGGAUCCGUACGAUAGCAGCACGUGGUUUUACCUGCGUUGGGUUUUAAGUAACCGGGCGGUUUCCGAGAAACAUCGCGAAGCUUUGCUAAGCGAUUUCGAGCAAUUGCUGGAAUUGGAGCCUAAUUGCAAGUGGGUUUACAUGGCGAAGUGUUGGAUCGCAGGUAGUCUCUCAUUGUCUAACAAAGAUGCAAUAAAGAAAAACUUAGACGUUUACCGUAAACUGAUGGAAUUAGAUCCGAUGCGGAAAGGUAUGUAUGCGGAUUAUAUUAAAAUAGGCGAGGAAGGUGAUCAAGAAUAGAAUUUAUGGCAGUUUUUGUUAUAACAAGUUUUUGCCUAACGAUUAUUUUUGCUGUCUUCUAGUUUUUAUCAAGUGAUUUACGUAUUGGGUAAUAAUUUUAAUUUGGAUUCAAUCAUCUGUUAUAUUCUCUAUUCGGUUAAAUUAGCAAACACUAAUAAAACAUUAAAUAUAA